UCUGGCCUUGUCCAAACGCCUCCAUGACGUCUGCAGCUGGUGACACAGGACGCGCGAUGCGGAUCCGUCUCCGCGAACCAUGAAAGCUUUCCCCGCGUUUUCAAUGCUUUUGUGCUAUUUCCUGAAUCCUUUUUAAGCCGUCAUUUCCCCGGAGUUGUUGCGAUGGCCUCAAGCGUCAAUCCUGACAAGAUGAGCUACAUCUACAACUCGCAGCUCGAUGCCUUCACCCUCUACCACAUUUCCCACGAAAGGGAGGAACAUAGCGCUGUCGGCACUGCGCUCCCUGCCCUCGGCCACGCCACGUCUGGCGCUCUAGGCACCGUUAUAUCCAAACUCAUAACAUACCCUCUGGACGUUGUCAUCACGCGCCUCCAGGUCCAGCGCCAACUGCAUCCCGGCGACAAGCACCCGCACUACAAUGGCUUUCUCGACGCCAUCGAGAAGAUAUACGAGAGGGAGGGUGGGCCCAGGGCCUUCUAUACUGGUGUCGUGCCCGAAGCUCUCAAGGGCGUCGCCGACAGCUUCCUGUUCUUCCUGGCGUAUUCGUACGUGCGACAGAAGAGGCUCGAUGCGCGAGAUAGUGGGCGUAGCUUGCCUGCGCUCGAAGAGAUCGGCGUUGGUGUCCUGGCAGGCGCUUUCUCCAAGUUCUUCACCACACCCAUCCAGCAGAUCGUUACCCGGAAGCAAACGGCAGCAAUGAUGAAACAGGAGUCUUCGACCACCAUACCCCCGCUUUCCAGCACUAGAGAUAUCGCAUGGGAGAUUAGGCGCGAGAAGGGUGUGCAAGGCUUCUGGUCUGGGUACUCCGCUAGUCUGAUCCUGACCCUAAACCCUUCAAUCACCAUGCUGCUGCACAAGGCUCUCCUGCGACUAGUCGUACCCAGGGCAAAUCGAGACAAUCCCGGAGCGCGUAUGACCUUCCUCCUGGCUGCCAUAAGCAAGGUCCUCGCCUCCACCGUCACCUAUCCGUUCUCGCUUGCAAAGACACGCGCCCAAGUGUCUUCACAGGAGCCUUCUUCCGGAACCGGUGAGACUUCGGACAAAGAGAAGUCUAACGACGCGCUUGGAUCUAGAGCCUUACAAGCCAGGCAGCGGACCGUAUUCAGUACUAUCUUGCGCAUCGCCCAGACGGAAGGGAUAUGGGGCUUGUACCAGGGCCUUGGAGCGGAAGUGCUGAAAGGCUUCUUCUCUCACGGCAUCACGAUGCUGAUGAAGGACCGUAUCCAUGCUGUCAUCAUCAGUCUGUACUACACCGUGCAGAAUGCGCUGAAGAAAUACCCUAGCCCGAGUGAGGUCGCAAAGUCGGCAUCAGACAGUGUUCAAAAUGCCUACGAACAAGGCAAGGAACAAGCUAGCGAGGCGUAUGCGAAGGGUGCCGAAGUCGUCGGCAGUGCAACAGAAUCUGCAAAACAGGUCGUAUCGCAGGGCUCACGUGAAGCGCAAGAGCUUGUAGAAAAGGGUAGACAACAUGCUGCUGAUGCCUACUCGAAAGGCGCGCAAGCAGCAGAAACGGCAACGGCAUCCGCUCAGGAUGCUGUGCAUAGCGGGACGCAGCAAGCUGGGCAGGUGUACGAGAAGAGCAGAGAGGCCGUUGGUAAUGCUGCUAGCAGUGUCUACGACCAGGGCAAAAGUGUCUUAGACAAAGGCCAGAAUGCUGCAAGCAACGCAACACAGCAAACUGGAGAUGCGUUUGAACAGGGCAAGCAGGCAGCAAGCGACGCAUCGCAGCAAGCGAAGGACGCUGUUCUAGACGCGGACAUCAAGGACAUCAAUGGUCCCGACAAGGGCAUCAAGGAGUGAAGCAGAGGGCGGAUGAUUUCACCUAGCGCUUUCAGACUGUACAUAUACCCGAUUGAUUUAUACUUGUAAUGUUUGAAUGGUGGAUUUCUUUUGCUAUAGUUCGGCGUCAAAAAAAAGCGUGCCCAGCUAUGGUAGAUGAUGCAUAGCAGCAAAUAAUUUCCGGGUGAACUGUCCAUCUAC